AUCAAACAGUGUCAGACAAGAAAUUGGGACGACAAAACCAAUUUGAGUAAAAAGAAGAAGCCAUACGGUAUGCCGUAUUCCUUUUAAUAUUUUUGGACUAGAUUAAUUGAAUAUAUUAGACAACAUAAUUUAAUUGUUUAUCUCUGUCAAACAACAACCACCACCCCCGCCAAAAAAAACCCAAAAUAUCUUCCCUUGUUUUUCUAUCUUUUAGGCUUUUAGCUGAUAAGCCCCGAAUAUUCAAAAAUCAAGAAGCUGGAGAAAAAAAAACUCGUUAAUCAAGAACUAUGGCUUGCUCUGGAAUGCUAGUCUUUGUAUCAACACCUUCAAAGGUAUGCAAAAGCACUUCUCUAUCUUGUUCUUUACAUAACUCACCUUCAUUAACUACUGAAACCCAGCUAAAUGAAACUGAAAGCACUAGCAAUUCUAACACAUCUCAAAAAUUUAGUUACAGUAGGGCUUCACCAUCAGUCAGAUGGCCACACCUUAAACUCACUGAUUCUUGCAUUUCCCCUAACACCCAAUUCAAUGUUAAUCCUCCUUCACCCACUGCUCCUUUGUUUGAUGAACCACCCGAGUUGGAAAUUGAUGAUGUGAGUGAAAAAAUGGGAUCUUUAGAGUGUGUUGAUGAGAAUGAUGGGGCCCAAGAGAGAUUAGGGAGGUUUAGUAGAACUAGGGUUAAGAAAAUGAAUAAAUUGGCUCUUAAAAGGGCGAAAGAUUGGAGGGAGAGAGUGAAGUUUUUGACUGAUAGGAUUUUAGGGUUGAAGCCUGAUCAGUUUGUUGCUGAUGUGUUGGAUGCGCGAAAAGUACAAAUGACGCCCACGGAUUUUUGUUUUGUGGUGAAGUGGGUUGGCCAAGAGAAUUGGCAACGUGCGUUGGAGGUUUAUGAGUGGUUGAAUUUGCGGAAUUGGUAUUCGCCUAAUCCGCGGAUGCUUGCCACUAUUUUGGCGGUUUUGGGUAAGGCGAACCAGGAGGGUUUGGCUGUGGAAAUGUUUACGAGAACGGAGUCUUCGGUUGAGAAUACUGUGCAAGUGUAUAAUGCUAUGAUGGGUGUUUAUGCGAGGAGUAGUAAGUUCCAGAAGGUUCAAGAAAUGCUUGAUUUAAUGCGUGAGAGGGGAUGUGAGCCUGAUCUCGUUAGUUUUAAUACUUUGAUAAAUGCUAGGUUGAAGGCUGAAGCUAUGGUGCCUAAAGUGGCUAUUGAGCUUUUAAAUGAGGUGAGAAGGUCGAAGCUUAGGCCAGAUGUAAUCACUUAUAAUACUCUUAUUAGUGCUUGUUCUCGUCAAUCGAAUUUGGAGGGGGGCAUAGAGGUUUUUGAUGACAUGGAGGAACAUCAUUGUCAACCUGAUCUAUGGACAUACAAUGCCAUGAUUUCAGUUUACGGAAGAUGUGGACAUUCUGGCAAAGCGGAGCACCUGUUUAAGGAAUUGGAAUCUAAAGGGUUUUCCCCUGAUGCCGUAACAUACAAUUCUUUGUUGUAUGCUUUUGCAAGAGAAGGGAAUGUAAUUAAGGUAAAAGAGAUUUGUGAGGAGAUGGUGAAGAAGGGCUUUAGCAGAGAUGAGAUGACUUAUAAUACUAUUAUCCACAUGCAUGGAAAACAAGGCCAACAUGAUCUAGCAUUACAGCUUUGCAGGGAGAUGAAGUUGUCAGGUCGAACUCCUGAUGCAGUCACGUAUACUGUUUUGAUUGAUUCACUUGGAAAGGCAAAUAAGAUGGCUGAGGCUGCUAGCCUGAUGUCGGAGAUGUUGGACAUGGGAGUCAAACCUACAUUGAGGACUUAUAGUGCUUUGAUUUGUGGGUAUGCAAAGACGGGCCAAAGAAAGGAGGCUGAAGAGACUUUUGAUUGCAUGCGAAGAUCUGGAAUUAGACCUGAUCAACUCGCAUACUCAAUUAUGUUGGAUGUCUUCCUGAGACUUGAUGAGCCAACUAAGGCGAUGAUGCUGUACAGAGAAAUGGUUCGUGAUGGUAUCACUCCAGAUACUACUGUUUAUGGGGUUCUGCUUCAAAAUCUUGGAAAAGAAAAUAAAGUGGAGGAUGUUCAAAGAAUUAUUAGGGAUAUGGAAGAAGUAUGUGGUAUGGAUCCCCAAGCUAUUGCUUCUAUUCUUGUCAAGGGUGAAUGCUACGAUGAUGCCGCAAGAAUGCUUAGGCUGGCCAUCAGUGGCAGCUAUGAAAUUGACGGUGAGGAUCUGUUAUCUAUUUUGAGCUCAUAUAUUUCAUCUGGAAGACAGUCAGAAGCACUCGACUUGCUUAAAUUCUUAAAAGAGCAUGCUCCUAGAUCAAACCAACUGGUCAUUGAAGCUUCAAUUGUUACGCUAUGCAAGGUUAAGCAGUUGGAUGCUGCGCUAAAGGAAUACAAUGAUACAAGGAAACUCAGUUCAUUUGCUGAUAGUUGUUUCAUGUUUGAAUCCUUGAUUGAGUGCUGUGAAGAAAAUGAAUACUUUGCUGAAGCUUCUCAAAUUUUUUCUGACAUGAGAUUCAGUGGUGUCAAACCUUCCGAGUCUGUGUUUCGAAACAUGGUGUUCUGUUAUUGUAAAAUGGGAUUCCCUGAAUCGGCUCAUCAUCUGAUUGAUUUGGCAGAAGUGGAAGGCAUUCCAUUUGAUGAUAUUUCCAUGGGUGUUGCUGUGAUUGAGACAUAUGGAAAAUUGAAGCAAUGGCAGAAAGCAGAAAGCUUGGUAGGGAAUCUUAGACAAAGAUAUACAAAUAUGGAUCGGAAGGUCUGGAAUGCUUUAAUACAUGCUUAUGCAGAAAGUGGCUGUUAUGAGCGAGCCAGGGCGAUUUUCAAUACGAUGAUGAAGAACGGUCCUUCCCCAACUGUUGAUUCAAUUAAUGGUCUUUUGCAAGCAUUGAUUGUUGAUGAAAGAUUGGAAGAGCUUUAUGUGGUAAUUCAGGAGAUGCAAGACAUGGGCUUUAAGAUAAGCAAAAGUUCUAUUCUUUUGACGCUUGAUGCAUUUGCACGGGCAGGCAACAUAGUUGAAGCACGGAAAAUAUAUCACGGAAUGAAAGCUGCGGGUUAUUAUCCUACCAUGCAUCUUUAUAGGGUAAUGAUUGGAUUGUUAUGUAAGGGAAAACGGGUAAGAGAUGUUGAAGCCAUGGUUACUGAGAUGGAAGAAGCAAGAUUCAAGCCUGAUCUUCCAAUAUGGAAUUCUAUGCUCAGGUUAUACACCGGAAUUGAGGAUUUCAGGAAGACUAUUCAAAUUUACCAACGGAUUAAAGAAGAUGGACUUCAACCAAAUGAGGAAACUUACAACACAUUAAUCGUUAUGUACUGCAGAGACCACAGGCCGGAAGAAGGUUUUUCACUGAUGCAUGAAAUGAGAAGGAUAGGAUUAGAGCCGAACUUGGAUACGUACAAAAGUUUAAUUGCUGCCUUUGGUAAGCAGCAGUUGGUAGUGCAAGCAGAAGAACUUUUCGAAGAGCUACUAACCAACGGAUCUAAAUUGGAUCGCUCUUUUUAUCAUAUUAUGAUAAAAAUAUAUAGAGACUCAAAGAACCACUCAAAAGCUGAAAAUAUAUUAACCAUGAUGAAGGAUGCAGGAGUUGAGCCCACUAUCGCAACAAUGCACUUACUUAUGGUGUCCUAUAGCAGCUGUGGACAGCCUCAGGAAGCUGAAAAAGUGUUAAGCAAUUUGAAAGAAACAGGUUUAAGUCUCAGUACAUUACCAUAUAGCUCUGUGAUUGAUGCUUAUCUUAGAAAUAAAGACUACAAUGUCGGAAUUCAGAAGCUCGUGGAGAUGAAGAGAGAAGGUUUGGAACCGGAUCACAGAAUAUGGACAUGCUUUAUUAGAGCUGCUAGUUUCUCCGAGCAAACACAUGAAGCCAUUUUACUUUUGAAAGCUCUGCAAGAUUCUGGAUUUGAUCUUCCGCUCAGGCUUCUAAUGGAAAGAUCUGAUUCACUAGUUUCAGAGGUGGAUCAUUGUCUUGAGACGCUUGAAACCAUGGAGGAUAAUGCAGCCUUUAAUUUUGUUAAUGCCUUGGAGGAUUUGUUGUGGGCGUUUGAACUUCGAGCAACCGCUUCUUGGGUUUUUCAAUUGGCAGUCAAGAGGAACAUCUAUCGCCAUGAUGUAUUCAGGGUGGCUGAACAGGAUUGGGGAGCUGAUUUUAGAAAGUUGUCAGGUGGUGCAGCUCUCGUCGGCCUUACUUUAUGGCUUGAUCACAUGCAGGAUGCUUCAUUACAAGGGUAUCCGAUGUCUCCUAAGUCGGUGGUUCUUAUAACUGGGACAGCCGAGUACAACAUGGUUUCACUUAAUAACACAUUGAAGGCGUGCCUUUGGGAGAUGGGGUCUCCAUUUCUUCCGUGUAAAACACGGACCGGGCUCCUUAUAGCUAAGGCACAUUCCCUCAGAAUGUGGUUGAAGGACUCCCCUUUCUGCUUGGACCUCGAGUUGAAAGAUGCUCCAUCUCUCCCUGAAUCAAACUCCAUGCAGCUUAUGGAGGGAUGCUUCAUAAGGCGCGGCCUUGUUCCUGCAUUUAAGGAGAUAAAUGAGAAACUUGGAAUAGUAAGGCCGAAGAAAUUUGCAAAAUUGGCUUUGCUGUCAGAUGAUCAAAGAGAAAAGGCGAUUAAAGCUGACAUAGAGGGUCGAAAAGAAAAGCUUGAAAAGCUUAAGCGUAAGGCUGGUUUGAAUAUGGUUGACCUGAAGAGGAAGAACAAGCUCAACAAAUUAAGAAGGCGAAGAUUUGUUCGGAAAAACAUGCUGUCAAAUCCUGAAGAGAUUAGUUCAGACUAUCAAACCGUGAAAUAAUAUUGUUCAUAUAGAACGAUGACAUCAUUUGAGUCGAAAUUACAUGGCGCCCUGUCGGGAUGAUUACUGCCUUCUUAUCACAGAUCAUGAAGUACUAUAAAACUUCAGAAUUCUGGCAUAUCACAGACCUUGGUAUGCAGAUGCAGCUAAUCUCUGGUCAUCACACUUAAUUUGCUGUAAUGGAAUUCAAGACGACGAGAUUCUCAUGACUUUAAUAAUGAUCUUGAUUCUUGAAGGCGAAUUCUAAUGAUCCGAAGACAACUCUGUUGAUCGAUUUGAAUCAAUUGAGUUCCAAAUUUUACUUGAUUAUUCUCAUGUUAAGUAUGAACAACAAUUUGUAAUUGAAAAAUUACAUGAGCAAGUUUAUAUAAGAAUUUUUGUAACAUGUAAUGUUAGCUUUGAUUAUUUGGCAUUAAAAGCCAAAUGUAUAAAUAAUUUGUCAUACAGCUAUUGUACUGAAUCACAAGUGUUCAUUUACAGUAAUUAAGUGAAAUAUUUAUGUUGA